AUGGGGAGCAAAAAAUCAAAAAAUAUUGGCACGGUGGUGCUAGACAGGGGGGACAACACUUCUUGCAAGAUUAAUCUGCACGGGGCGACUGUUAUAUCCUGGCGGGUUAAUAGCCAGGAGCAAUUAUUCGUGAGUCAGCGCGCUGUGUUCGAUGGUAAAAAAGCAAUCAGAGGUGGCAUUCAAUUUGUAUUUCCGCAAUAUGGCCCAUGGACUGUCGGUCCCCAGCACGGCUUUGCAAGAAUUAUACCUUGGAACCUGGAGAAGUCACCUGAAAGACUACCCAAUGGAGACGUGGAAGCGACUUUUUUUAUUAUGGACACAGAUUUCACACGUUCAAUGUGGAACUACCAAUUCCGACUAACAUAUAAGCUGGUAUUAAGAGAGAGAGAGCUGCAAUUCAACGUAACCGUUUUUAACCCAAACAAAGAAAAAAAGAUCAACUUUACCAUUUCACUGAAUACCUAUUUAAAUGUUCCUGACAUUCGGCGUUGCCAAAUAACUGGAUUUCAAGGCUGUACUUUUGUGGAUAAGACCAAAGAUAAUGCUGUGUCCCAGGAAGCUAGAGCCGUUGUCGAAAUUGAAGAAUGGACCGACAGGGUUUAUCAAAACACUCCUCAAGAGCACACCAUCAGCAAUAUGGCAUCGGGACGGAGGAUCAGAAUAGAGAAGAACAAUUUUCCGGAUACGGGGCUCUGGAAUCCUUGGACAGAUCUGGCCAAAGGGUUGCUAGAUUUUAAGGAUAACGAAUACUCAAACAUGGUUUCCGUAGGAUCAGGCCAUUUAACCAACCCUGUGGUGCUCAUACCGGGCGCCAAAUUCGAAGCCAGUCAAACGUUUGAAUUAAUCUGAACCCUACCUACUUAAAUAAGUGAUAUAUAUUAAGUAACAUAUUUAUAUAAAUGAAUGUGAGUGGUUCUACAUUCCUCUACCAUUAAACUAGCCUUAUGCUUAAGGCUAC